AUGGGUUCAUUAAUUAAGGAAUUAUUUAAAUGGCCAUUAGCUGUACGCCUUCGAACAGCAGAUAAUGAUGAUGAACAUGUUGAUAGACUUAAUCAUCGUGUUACAGUUGGACUUAUACUUAUUGGUGUUGUUAUAACAUCAACAACAUCAUUUGUUUCAAAUCGAAUAUCUUGUUGGUUACCAACUGAACUUAAACAUUCGAGUUAUUCAAAAUAUAUAGAAAAUUAUUGUUGGAUUAGUAAUACAUAUUAUAUACAUUCAAAUGUAACUCCCCCACAUUCAGAUGAUGAUAGAAGGCGAGCUCAAAUAGGUUUGUAA